UCUUGCGGCGGGAUCAAGGGUUUUUAUACUUUCGUAUGUUUUCCAAAUUUUUUAUACCGAACACGUGUUAGUUAUGUAAUUUAAAUUUUAUUUAUUUAUUUUUAAACCAAAUUCUCCAGCCAACUGUGCUCUUCCCCAGUGCGGUAACUUUCCUUUGAGUCAGAUUUCUGGGUGAACUCAAGGAACAACGACUCCCUCUCAGGCUGCACACUCCCGUUCUCCUUUCAUCCUCCUUAGACCCUCGGGGCAGGGGGCAGGCCCUGCGGAGGUCCGCCGCGGGGGCUGACACGGCCGUCGGUCCUCAGGCGUCCUCCCUCCGGGGUGGGCUCUGCGGGGCGCGCUCUGCCCUGCAGGCCCGGCCCCCGCCCGCUGACCCUGGCCGUCCAGCGUCCAGUCCCUCCUUCCUCUCCGUCCAGCCCCUGCAGCCCCGAGCUCGCGGCGGGAGGGGGCGGGGGGGACCCUGCAGGGGCCUCCGGCCGGGGCGCGGCGGGGCGGGGCGUGGGCGCCCGGCGUAGAGGGCCAGGAGAGGCGGGGUACUCCCCCUGCCCCGCCCCCGCCCCCGCCCCCGGUCCGACCCCGGGCAGGGCGGCCGCGGCUGCUCGGCCUCCACGGCCGGGACGGGGCGGAGAUGGAGGGGGGGGGGGCGGGGGAAGUUCUCGGAAAAAAGUUAACGGAGCGGACGGCUCUCUGCGGCCUCCCGCCUCCACCCGUCCCCGGACCUCCCAGCGAGGGCGCUGCUGGUCACCGGGCACGGCGCGGGGACCCCGGGGGGCACCGAGGCCUGGAGGCCGGGCUCCGGGGGCCAGGACCCGCGCCGCGACCAAGACUCAGGGGGUUGCCACAGCGACGGGCUCACGCGCGCGGUGAUUGGCGAAGUGCGGGGGGGCGGGGCCCGGGAGACGCUCUCGCGAGCGCUCGGCCUUCCGGCGGGCGGGAGCGGGCGGAAGCCGGCGGGGCGGGGCUUCCGGCGCGGGAGCGCUCUUGGUCGCCGCCCCCGACCCCCGCCUCCGGGCCGGCAGCGGGGGGUGUCCCUGUGCCUUCGGUGUCCGGGGACCUGAGCGCUUCCCCCGCCCGCCGUGCUGUCCCCCUGCCCCGGGCCGCCCUCUCACCUAGCCUCCCGCCCUGGCCCCUGAGCGGGGUCUCCCUCCUGAAGCCUCAGUGGGCUCUCCACACCGAAGCCAGUGACCUUGCGGUGUGCCCUCCCUGCGAUUCCCGGGUCCCCUCGGAGGGAAUGGGGAGGCCUUCCCCGGCACCACUCUCUCCCCGCCCCCUGCACUCCAGUCACGCCGGCCUGCUGCUUCUGCCCACCUCCCUCCUCCCUGCCCCAGGGCCUUUGCACUUGCCGGUCCCCCGCGGCCUAGAACGCUCCGGCAGAUACCUGCCCGGCUCCCACCUCCUUGGGGCAUUGCUCAGCAUCACCUCCCGAGCGAGGGGACCACCUGUUUAACAUUACACCUCACCUUCCUCAUGUCCCCAUGCCCCCGGCCCUGUGUUUUCUGCACAGGGCUCGUCACUGUCCAACACGGUAUCUGCUGUCUGAAAGCUCCAGGAAGGUGGAGGGUGUGUCUCGUUCAGGCCCCAGCAGGUGCACAGUAAAUGCUGUAUGCUGAGCAGGAUCCUCUGGGCUCCAGAUGUGCUGAUUUGGAAGAAGGCCUGGUGCCGCCCUCAAGGCUCUCGGACUGCCGGGAAAGUGAUGGCUGCCGUGCCGGCCAGGGCAUCUGUGGCCCCAUGGAACUCAGUGACGAGGAGAGCCGGAACCAGGGAAAGGCCACGCUUCCCUGUGCGCCUGCCAAGUGGCAGAACAUCCCCCGCAAGGCCUGCCUGGCACUGCCCUGGCCACUGAGGCUUCCUGAGGGCGACGCCCCGAGGGCCCUGCCGUGCCAGGGCUCCCCCUGCCAGGGGCCACCAGCUUGCUCUUUGGAAGUUGGAUCUACAGACUGUGGCAGAGGGAGAAGCUGGAGAGACUGUUUCAUUUUGCAGGCUCAGAUCCGAGUUGGAGACGGAGCAGCACCCACGCUCACUUAUUUCUCCGAGGGUGGAAAACAAGCCCGAAACGAGGCUGAGGAUAGGGGAUGCCCAGGAUCAGAGAUGAGCCUCCUGCCAGAAGCAAGAAGUUUUGAGGCCCCAGCCGGGCCGGGGAAGUUCGGGAUGAAGGCAGCAAGAACAGCGGCAGCCACUCCGUCCUGCCCAGGCUGGUCGCUGGGAGUGGCACAUCUUCACCCACGGCCUCUACCUUGGGGUUCAGACGAAGUCAUCAGGGUGACCCCCACAGCCUCUGCCCUGCCAGAGCUUCCUCCCUCCUUCCAUGUGGACCCUGAAACCUGUGCCAGAGGCCGGGCCCGAACACCACUCCUGACGCAGAGGGGAGCCAACGCCCCUGCACCGGCCUCGUCCAUGGUCACAGGCCUUCGAGGGCUGGGCAGGGUCUGGCUGGGGGCAGGCAGAGCAGCUUGGGCUGGGCAACUGUGGCACAGGACAGACAGCCAAGGGGCAGGAGAGAGGUGCGGUCCCCUCCCACUGGGGCUCGAGGAGGCAUCAUGGAGGAAGGGUGUGGUCCCCAGUGUGGGAGAAGGCACGGGAGGGUUGCCGAGGGCUGGAUCAUCCUGAGCCACCUGCCCUCAAGGGAGGGUCUCUCUGGAAGCCAGGGUGCACAUCGAGGGUGGCGGGAAAGGUUGCCCGAGCCUGGCUGAGCCGUGGGAACUUGUGAGCCCCGGGGAAGUGCUCGUGGGCUUGGAGCCUAAGGCUGCCGGGAGCACAGCCCAGCUUGGGGAUGCAGCUUUUCAGCAAGUGCCUCGGAGCUUUCUUGGAAGCAGGCUGAGUAUAAAUUAUAAAUAAACAAACGAGAAGUCUGCUGGAGGGCGUGGGCCGGCGGGAAGAGGGGAGAGACCGGAGGCAGAGACCUCACUAGGAGCUGAUACCCCCGAACUUGAACCCACUGCGCCUCUUCUGCUGCGCCGCCCGCCCGGCCUUGGAGGCUCGGGGUCUCCUGCGGAGGGUGCCGCCUGGGGUCUCAGGCUCUGGGAGAUGACUUUUGCCAGGGUGCGGGGCAGGCCAGGUGCAGACCCCUACGCGGGAGUGGGGAGGCCCACCAGGCUCCUGCAACCCAAAGAGGUGCAGGCCCAAGUCUCCCUCGGACAAAAACAGGCCCCGUGGACACUCAUCCGUGUGGGAGGUGUCUUACCAAAUGUUUGAAAGGGAAAAAAAAUCCCAUUUUCUUAGCUUUUUUUUUUUCCCUUUCUAUUUUUUGAU